AAUAGUCGUUUGUCAUUUUGACGUAAUCCUGACUCUCCCACUACCGCGCGGUGGCUCAUGGGAAGAAAGGUCAAAAAUCGACGGCAGAAGAAGGCAAGAAUUACUGCCGUAAAGAGGAUUAUCUCUCUUUAAACUAACUACUUCUAAUAAUUGAACCGCUUAACUUCUCGGGAUUUAACGCACAGUCUUGGUUGUUUACACAACAAUUUAAUCAGCAGUGCGUGAAGGUUGACUUCGUUGGCUACAUUUGUUCGUGGGCUAACAUUGUUAGGCUAGCAUUGUUAUUGUUUUCGCUUGAUUUGGCUAACGCGGAACUCAGAGGUCUGCCUGUUCCGAGGAGAGGCUCUGGACUGCUUGAGUGAUGAUUUUCUGUCUUUUUCGAGAAGAUGGAUGUAAAAUCCAGCGGCAGCAACAACCAACAACGACUGCUGGUCAUUAUGUUGAUGGUGUUGCUCUUCGGCGUCAUCAUGAUCCAGUACGUGUGCCCCGGCAGGUCGGAAUGCCGCGUGCUACACCAGCUUGGAUCCUGGUUUACCAUCGGCGCUGCAACUGGUUCUCGAACCAGUGGCAAUGAAUUGCAAGACGGGCUCCAGAAAGAUCCGUACAUCGCAGAAGACAGAGCUUUAGCCCGGUUUGUCCCUCGCUUCAACUUCACCAAAGACGAUCUUAACCGCGGCGUAGAUUUCAACAUAAAGGGGGAUGAUGUCAUCGUUUUCCUGCACAUUCAAAAGACUGGGGGCACGACAUUUGGUCGACACUUGGUACGGAACAUUAAAUUAGAAAGGCCCUGCGAGUGUCACGCGGGUCAGAAGAAAUGUACUUGUUUGAGGCCAGGUAAGAUGGAAACCUGGCUGUUUUCUCGGUUCUCCACGGGCUGGAGCUGUGGUCUUCAUGCAGACUGGACUGAGCUGACCAGCUGUGUCCCUUCAAGAAUGGACUCCAAAGAAGUUCCCAAGAACUCCCCCAGAAGAAACUAUUACUAUAUAACAAUUUUAAGAGAUCCAGUGUCGCGGUACCUGAGUGAGUGGCGUCAUGUGCAGCGCGGUGCUACAUGGAAGGCCUCCUUACAUGUUUGUGAUGGACGCUCACCAACGCUGUCAGAGCUGCCAAGCUGCUAUUCAGGGGACGACUGGUCAGGCUGCUCCCUGCAGGAGUUCAUGGACUGCCCCUACAACCUGGCUAACAACCGACAAACUCGCAUGCUGGCUGACCUCAGUCUGGUGGGCUGCUACAAUGUCUCUACUAUGACUGAGGAAGAACGCUGGGCAGUGCUUCUGGAGAGUGCCAAAUGCAAUCUACGGGGCAUGGCCUUCUUUGGCCUGACCGAGUACCAGCGUAAGACCCAAUACCUCUUCGAACGAACUUUUAACCUGGAGUUUAUUGCACCUUUCACACAGCUGAACGGUACCCGUGCAUCCACCGUUGACGUACCACCUGAGACACAGCAGAGAAUCCUUGAACUGAACAGAUGGGAUGUGAAAUUGUACGAGUAUGCGCGUGACCUUUUCCUACAGCGCUUUCAGGUAACAAGGCAGCAGGAGCGGAGACAGGCCAGGGAGAGGCGUCAACAGGAGAGGAGACGGGUUCGGGGAAGGUACCCCUCAAAGCAGGGGUUACCUCAGAAGACCACAGAAACGCCUCACACGGUUGUAAUCGAGGAGCAGCAGAGGGAGAAAGCUGCUGGGAAUGACAUCGAUUCUAAAGGGCUGCUCCCAGACUGGUGGGAUCUGGAUGAUAAUAGCACUGACGAGGAUUACACCGACAAUGUAGAACAGUGGUAGCAGUAGGAUGUUUUAAACACAAAGCGUGCCAAAUUCUGCCUUGUCUGUUUUUAAUAAUUCACGCUAAUGUCAUAAUGCACCUUUCAUUUUUUUAUUUUAAAAUUUAAACUUGAGCUUUUAAAACAAUAUAUUAAUUUAUUGACAUUAAUUGAUUUUCUUUGCUUAUGGUACUGUUUUUUAAAACAAAUCUCAUACCUUUUGGUGGUGGCUGUUAUCUGCAUUUUUCAGGACUUUAAAUUCAUGUGACUUUGAACCAGAUCAUGUUUUUUUGUAUUUUUUUACUCUGUAUUUAAUGUCUUAAAUGUGGUUUUCUGCAUUUAAUUUUACCUUUUUUUUUUUAAAUCUAAAUGCAUAUAUUCUGAAAUGUACUUGUUUUUAUGGCUUGUGUGUAAAA